CAAAGCGGGUCUUUUUUGACUCGAAUAAUUAAUGACACGGCUCUUUCCUCUGGUAUUCGACUGACCAGCGACCAUUUGAUAUAAUAAUCCGAAAACUUUGGCUAUACAAAAGAUCCACAAGAGCAGCGCAAUAAGGGAGACAUAGUGGAGCAUCAUGGCAAUUGACAUGUCAAGGAUCUCGCUGCGGCCAUUCAAGUUGAGCGACGCCGAUGACUUGUUGUUGUGGGCGGGAGACGAUCGAGUGACUCAGAACCUGCGGUGGAAGACUAUUGGUUCUAAGGAGGAGGCAUUCGCUUUCAUCAGAGACGUUUGCAUACCUCAUCCAUGGCGACGAUCCAUAUGCCUGGAUGACCGAUCGAUCGGCUUUGUAUCGGUGUUUCCGUGGUCGGGCGAUGAAAGGUGUAAGGCCGACAUUGGGUAUGCUGUAGGAGCCAACUAUUGGGGUCAGGGGAUUGUCACGAACGCAGUAAAGAUGGCUGUGUUGCAAGUGUUCGAGGAUUUGCCUCACUUGCUAAGGCUACAAGCUUUCACUGUUGCAGAGAACAAGGCUUCUCAAAGGGUCUUGGAAAAGGUUGGGUUCCAAAGGGAAGGUCUCCUCAGGAAGUACACUUAUCUUAAGGGCAAGCUAAGGGAUCUGUUCAUCUAUAGUUUUCUAUCUACUGAUAAUGUCAAUCAUUAAUAAUGAUCGUCAAAGCCUCACCUCCAAUUAGUCAGAGAUGUACUUUGGUUGGCCGGUUCCCUUUUUUCUCAUGAAAGUGUCGAGCUUCAUUUUUAUCAUUGAGUUGACGAUAUUCAAUGUGUAGCGCUAGAUUUUCCCUUGUGCUGCUAACAA